CUCCGCUAGUCCUGUCAUUAAUUAUUAUCACCCCUCAUAUCCCCUGAUCUCUCCCGACCACUCCUCCCCUCCCAUUUUUAUGCCAUUGAAGCCCACGCGACACAUGGCCUCCUCAAACCCCCCUCCCGCCCCCCGCGGCGGUCGCCUAGAGAAGGCCAUCACCAACCCUGGAGCUGUCAAGAUCAACGUCAAGGGCGCCUUCAUUGUCGACGAUGAUCCCCGAUCCAAGAGUCCCGUCCGCACCGAUGGCGUCCAUUACGAGGGUCACGAUAUUCGUCUCCCCCAUCACACCGGCCUGGUCAGCCAUGUUGCGGUAGAUAUUGGCGGUUCGCUGGCGAAACUAGUCUAUUAUACCCGAGAGCUGGACUCUGUCGACAAUGGCGGCCGCCUCAACUUCAUCAACUUCGAGACCUCCCGCAUAGACCUGUGCCUCGACUUCAUCAAGCAGCUGAAAGAGGAGCAUGAGAAGCUCGGCGGCCCGUCGGGACAGGAGCUCUGCGUGAUGGCCACGGGCGGAGGAGCUUACAAGUAUUACGAUAAGCUGAAGGAGACCCUCAAGAUUGACAUAAUACGGGAGGAUGAGAUGGAAUGUCUCAUCACGGGCCUCGACUUCUUCAUCACCGAGAUCCCCAACGAGGUCUUUACCUACAGCGAGACAGAGCCGAUGCAGUUUGCCGAGGCCCGACCGGAUGUCUACCCGUACCUAUUAGUCAACAUCGGCUCCGGAGUGUCCAUGAUCAAGGUGUCGGGCCCCAAGCAAUUUCAACGUGUGGGCGGAACGCACCUGGGAGGCGGUACAUUCUGGGGCCUGAUGUCGCUGUUGACGGGUGCCCGCACCUUCGACGACAUGCUGGCCAUGGCCGACCGGGGGGACAACAGCGGGGUAGACAUGCUUGUCGGGGACAUCUACGGCAUGGACUACAGCAAGAUCGGGCUGAAGCACACCGCCAUUGCCAGCACGUUUGGCAAGGUGUUCCGCAUGAAGAACCAAGUGGAUGGCGACGGGCCGGAGGAAUCCGGCGAAAGCGGAGAAAGCAACGGCGAGCCGAUGUUCCAGUUUGAGGACAUGAGCAGGAGCCUGCUGUAUGCCAUCAGUAACAACAUCGGCCAAAUUGCGUAUCUGCAGUCGGAAAAGCACCAGGUCAAGCACAUCUACUUCGGCGGCUCAUUCAUCCGAGGCCACCGGCAGACCAUGAACACGCUGUCGUACGCCAUCAAGUUCUGGUCCAAGGGCGAGAAGCAAGCCUACUUCCUGCGUCACGAGGGGUACAUCGGCUCUGUGGGGGCGUUCCUCCGCCGACAGCCCGCCAACUGGGGGCGCCGGAACAGCAUCGACGAGAAGACCGUGCCGCAGAUCGCCCGGGCCGCCGCAGAGGCCCAGCAGCACUCCGAUUCCUAACCGUCGUGCCAGCAUACUUCGUGAUUUCAUACUGGACCACGUCCAGUCCAUCAUUUUGAGCGUUUGAUACCCGUUGAUUGUGUCGACAUUUACAUAGUGUCGGUUAGACUUGGCAUUUUUGCUAUUAUAAUACUCGAAACUUCUUCUCGGUGUUGCUUCCGUCUGUGCUGUUCCAUGCAUGCAUGCAGCAGUGGAUGCCGUUCCGCGAGCACGACCAAUGUAUAGUGUUCUAUUUUCACCCUUCCCAUCACUUUCGGGACUUUGUGCCGUGGCAUGGUUGUUACUGCCAGAGUGGGUAGUCCAGCCCAUGUUAGAUGUUUUCUUCGAAGAGCUGGUAUCGGGCUUUUUGCAAUAGAGGGCUUGUUUGAUAAAGCAUAGAAAUGAUUAAUAUGCGGG